AUGCAUCCAUCACCGAUCAACGUAGAAUUGUCCGAUUCGCUUCAAAAUGACGCCGAUGAAAAUUCAAGCACUCAUGCUUACGUAAUAUUACCAUAUAUAUGGAAACAUUUGAGAUGUAUGACUUUGAUCGCUACCGCGAUUCCUUCAUUAGUAUUGACUGUGGGUCUUUAUUUUAAAGAAAAAUGUUCAGUGAACGAAAGCAUUUCUCAAUUCAUGAUUGUCUCAGGUUGCUGCUGCCUUGUGCUCAUUGGCUUAGGCAUUUUUCUUGUUAUAUUUAAAGUCAAAUCAGAUAUCGAUAAAGAAUCAAUGGCGCGAAGUACUGGAAUAACUGCAACAGUAGUUAUGUGUUUGUUAUUAGCAAUUAUGGGUGGUAUGAUUUUAUUUCUAAUUAUGUGGCUUAUUUAUGGAUAUGGUUCAAUUUUAUCCGUACGACACACUGUUCAAUUUGUUGAUCCAACAGCGACAGAAUCCUAUUGUCAUCCGAUUUUGUACUAUUCAUCGUUUCUUUAUUUGAUUGCUGCAUUUGCAACAACAAUUGCUUUCUGUCUUGUUUUGCGUUGCUUUCGGGACGGGAUUUGA